GUACUUUGAUGAUGAAAUAAUCUUGUGAAAGAAUCCUAGGUGAGAAAAACCACUGGCAGAACCCGCUUCCUUUCCAGGCUUGGGAUUCCAAGAGAAACACUUACCCUGAGAUUGGGUACAUCUAUGUAUCUAUCUAGGAUAGUUAAACACUUGUAGUAACGCUAAAAUCGGCACUGCAACGAGCAAUGCUGGUAAUGCAGGUUAAUUCCGACAGCUUGGCUAGCGAGUUGGUAAGGCCUGCUACAGGCUCUACUAUUCAAAAGUGGUUGCACAUAGAAGGUGUUCUAGAUCAAGCAGAGGACGUGGGCGGUGAGAAACCUGUAUCUUCCCUUGCUGCUUGUGAAUGUAAAACAAAGCAUGAUGAACCUGGAGGUACUAUUCACCUCGGCAAAAGUUAUAACGGUCAGCCUCAGCGUGUGCGUGAACAAGAAGCUGUGGUCGGACGUCAGGACGCAUGUCCCGCUGGAGCCAGCGAGCCGCGAAGCGCACAUGCUGUUAACCGCGAAGAUACGAAAAUGGGGAGUAGCCAACCAGAGAGAUCGAGCGAAAGUGGGUGGUAUUACAUGGAUCCCAAAGCCAAAGGCAAUACGCAGGGCCCAUUCUCGGCACCAAAGAUGAAGGUGUGGUAUGAAAUAGGCUACAUUGGACCGGAUCUACCGAUACAGUAUCGCGAUUCGAAGCCGUCCCAUUUUGUUCCUUUCGCUAAACUUUUCCCAAAGGGAACGGAACCGUUUGGGACUGCUUAUUCGCUCACGUGACGGACCACCAGUGCAUUGCACUUCGAAGAACGUCACGAACCACCAACGAACUACUUUAAGAAGAAAGGAAAAAUUAAGAUUAUUUUUUACCAAUAUUGAAGAUUUUUACGAUUCUCAGCACGUGAAUGAUCACUAUACGAGUGCAAUUACAAUUACAAUGCCUGAAAACGCAAUAUGAGUGAAUAACAUGAUUUUGUUUGUCUACCUUGUCUGCGGCUUUGGCUUUGCAGAAAAUGAAAGAAAUUAUCUUGAUACAGCCAGGCGAUGGAUAGGGGCAAAAUGUAGAGAUGAGGCAGAGGGAUCUCGAAAUAAUCGAGGUCGAAGUUUCGCAAAAACUUU